AUGGGAGUUCAUUUAGAUGACGAACUAGCAAAUGCACAUCAAGGCGUUUCCACAUUCCGUGCACAAGGUUCAAUUUACCAUCGUAUUGGAGGUUUCUUACCUUUGAACGAAGGAGAUCUUCCUCGAUUUCUUCAACUCUACAUUUAUGAUACUGAGCAUGAAAAUGAAAAUCGUGCAACAGAGAAUUCAUCAUUACGCCUCGAUGUCAUCGACAGAAUCAAGAAUAUUUUGAAUGCUCACAAUCCUUUUGUCCACAAUCUCCGUCAUCUUGCUCAGCGUAGUGACUUAAGUGAUUGCAAAUUCGUCAUUAAAGAGAAACCUACAAAUAAACAUCAAUACUCGAUGCCGACAGCUUCGCAAGUAGCAGCAGUUGUCGUUGGAGGUGAUGACAUUUCCAACUUGAAGGAUAGGGACAUCAUGGUAGAGUCAGUAACUGGUCGAAGUUCCACUGGUAAAAAGUUGACAUGCCGGGAAUUCUAUGCAUACAUGUUUCAGAUGCGGCAACAUCUUGAUUCUCUAAUCUUAAGAGGCGGUCGUCUACUGCAACAAUUUGUUGUCGAUAACUGUGUCAAAAUGCAAGCCAAUAAUUUGAGGUGGAUUGCACUCAACCAAGAUAAGAUACGUGCUGAUUUGUACAAGGGUUUAGAGGAUUCUUUACAUGCUGGAGAGCAUAACACAGAAAAUGUUGGACGACGGACCAUACUACCGUCUUCAUUCGUUGGAAGUCCAAGAGAUAUGCACCAAAGGUAUCAAGAUGCCAUGGCAUUGGUUCAUAAGUUCGGCAAGCCCGAUAUAUUUCUUACAAUGACAUGCAAUCCAUCUUGGCCAGAGAUACAAUCAGAAUUGUUGGCCGGACAAGUUCCAAACGAUCAUCCAGAUCUGCUGACACGGGUUUUUCAUGCUAAACUUGAAGAGUUGAAAAAGGAUGUUCUAGAAAGGGGCGUCCUCGGAACGGUUGUUUCUUAUGUAUAUGUGAUUGAAUUCCAAAAGAGGAGUCUUCCACAUGUUCAUAUGUUAUUAAUUCUUGAUCAAAAUGACAAGCUAACCACUCCGGAUGACUUUGAUAAGAUUGUGAGAGCAGUGAUUCCUGAUGAACAACAAGAACCAAAAUUGUAUAAGGCAGUUCUUAAACACAUGAUUCAUGGCCCAUGUGGUGUUCUCAACCACAAAUCCCCGUGUAUGAAACAAGGAAGUUGUAAGAAAGGAUUCCCUAAGGAAUUCUCCAAUGAUACAAAGCAAGGCAAUGACUCAUAUCCUCUUUACCGCCGUCCACAAGAUCGUCCAGCAGUACCGUUGCGUGAGAAUUCACGAGUUCGUGUAGAUAAUCGGUGGGUAGUCCCAUAUAAUCCAUUUUUGCUCUUAAAGUACGAUUGUCACAUCAAUAUUGAGAUAUGCAGCAGCAUCAAGUGUGUCAAAUAUCUGUAUAAGAACAUCCAUAAGGGUUCAGAUAGAGUUUCAAUGGAAGUUCAUAACGGAGAUGAGAUUGCACAAUAUGUCGAUGCACGGUGGAUGUAUGCACCCGAACCUAUGUGGAAACUUUACCAAUUCCCCAUGACUAGAAUAUGUCCUGCCGUAGAUCGUUUGCAGGUUCAUUUGCCAAACAUGCAUCAAGUGAGGUUCGAAGGGAACCAGCAAAUCUCAAGCGUGUUAGCGAACCCAAGAAACUCUAAGACGAUGCUCACUGAAUUUUUCAAGAUGAAUUCAGUCGAUCCGAAUGCAAGGAAAUAUCUUUAUCGAGAAUUUCCUGAGCAUUACAGAUGGUUAACGAGUUCACGUGAAUGGCAGAAGAGAAAAAGUACACAACGAGUUAUGGGUCGAUUGUAUGUAGCUUCACCAUUGGAAGGAGAACGAUUUUAUUUGAGAAUGUUACUCAAUCAUCUGAGGGAGCGUACAUCAUUCGAACAUUUAAGAACGAUCAAUGGCGUCACACACCCUACAUUCAGGGCUGCAGCUGAAGCCCUCGGUCUAAUCGAGAAUGACGAAAGCAUUCGUCAAUGUCUUUUAGAAGCAUGUUCAGUACGAAUGCCAUCUGCAUUACGUCGGUUAUUUGCAACCAUAUUGGUAUAUUGUCAACCAACUGGAUUACGAGCACUCUGGGAUGAGUUUUUCCCUUACAUGGUUGAGGAUUAUCCAGCCUCAAACACAACAAGUAAUUAUGUUUUUCUCACUAACAAACUUUUGCAAGACAUAGAUAGGUUAUUAAGACCACUUAGAAAAAGGAUUUCUGACUACACGGAGUUGCCGAGCUUACCUGAAUGUACUGAUGACAUUGACGAGCUUCCUUCUAUCAUGGAAGAGUACUUUUCUGUUCCGGUUCCAGAUGAGGAUUUGGCAUGCGUUGGCACUCUCAAUAGUGACCAACAAGUUGCAUACGACACAAUAAUGAAUGCUGUCAUUUCAAAGGCUGGCUGUUCUUUCUUCGUCGAUGGUCCUUUGGGCACCGGAAAAACAUUUUUAUACAGAGCCCUUCUUGCUACUGUAAAAAGUAGAGGCGAAAUAGCUAUCCCCACUGCAACAUCUGGAAUUGCAGCAACGUUGUUGCACCAGGGAAGAACAUCACAUUCGACUUUUCAGCUCCCACUUAAUCCACACAGCUCAUCAACUUGCUCAUUUACCAAACGUUCUAAAACUGCAAUUCUCCUAAAAAAUUCUGCCAUUAUCGUAUGGGAUGAGGCCCCAAUGACACACAGAUAUCAAUUUGAAGCUGUUGAUCGAUCACUCAAGGAUUUAAUGGGGAAUGACUUUGCCGUUUGGGGGGAAAAUUAUUUUGUUCGGUGGUGA